AUGUUGGAAAAACAGACGGGCCCCAAGUCAUUUUAUAAAGUUUUGAAGAAUCUGGUUGCACCACCUAAAUAUACAGCUCGUCCUUUGCGAACUCUCAGCACAAAAGAGAGUAUUUUGUACAAAUCAGGUGGAGGUGGAGGUGCUGCAUUGAGACAACAACCUAACCACGGCCACACAACAGCAUUUGCUAAUAUUUAUCACCCGCCUCAACUGGUAAUCACUGGUGCAGUUGACCCAUUGGCAGGUGGUGGACCGGGUAGUCCGGACAUGGUGGGACCUGCAACAACAGCUAGUGUCUAUCAGCAGCAACAACCCCAACCAACUCAAGUCAACUGGCCUAACAACUACUAA